UGUGUAGACGAAAAUAUAACAGCUGUGGACUGAACAGCUGAUGGUGUUUGAUAGAUAAAGUAAAGAUGAGUGAAGGAAACCUCAUAAACUGCAAGUGCUAGAAUUUGUAGUAAUUAGUACAAAUACAACACUUUUUCAUCAUGAAAACGAAAUAGUUGAUUCAAAUAAGCUUUAACUAAAAAUUCUCUUUACUUAGUCUUUUAUUCUGUGAUAAUAAUUGUAAGUUUUAGAUAUUUAAGUAAAAUGUACGACUCUCCUAGUUCUCUUCAAGACGUGUGCGUAGAUUUCAUAUGUGAUCAUUUAAUAAAUUUAUUUAGAGAUUUAUCUGAAAUUGAAUAUGGAACUCAUUCAUCAAGUAAACAUCUUGAUGCACAAAAAGGUCUGAAGAUUUUCUUCAAAGAUAAGGAUGUAUAUUUUCAUACAGAAAUAUCUGAGCACCUACUCACUAGUCUGUGUACAAAAGGAAAGUUGACAGACUUUGAGAUGACAUUAUUUGAUGUUGGGACAACAAACCUCAGACGGGUUGUAAUGCCAGACGCGAGCCGUUUGACCACCAAAGGACUGAGAAUGCUGAGAGGGCAUAAGAUCACAGACUUGGAGGCGUGUGGCUUGAAAGUAACUGUGAACGAUUUGAUUGGCUGCUUGGGAGAGUGGACACUGCAAAAUCUUCGUUCUUUGAAUGUUGCUCGCAGUACAUUCACGGAAGGAUCAAAGUAUUGUGUAGUUGUAGCACUUUCUAAACUACAUGCCUUGCAGUCGCUUGACGUGAGUGACACCGAGUUCAAUCGUCACGGCCUCGAGAUAGUCGUCGAAGAUCUACCACUGCUUGAAAACUUGAACAUCUCGUUGACACGAGUUGAUGACAUCUCUUCGUUGAGAAAAUGCCGACAUCGACUGAAAAACUUGGCUAUGUACAAUCUUAAGGUUUCUUCGAGAGAAGAUAUCCUACUAGAUCUCACCGAGCUGAGGAGUCUGGACAUGUCCGAAGUGAAGGACUCUCAGCCCCUCGAUGAAUUCCUGUCGUCGACUGAAUCGAAAAUGAGCGAGUUCAUAAUCAGACCAAACUCAUUCCCCUACAUUACUGCUUUAGAUAUCUCAGGUGCAUUCUCAGGUAAAGAUGAGUUAUCAAGAGUAGAAUUGAGAAACUUCAUCAAAAAUCAUCCACAUUUAAGGUUUCUUGGUCUAGUCCAGUCGGAUGCUUGCUAUGACGAAUGCUUCACGAAUCCGAAACACCCUGACUACAGACCUCAAUUGAAGGUUGCAGGCACUGCGACCGAGGAGCAAAUACUUUUAGCAUUGAAAAGAUAUUCUUCAAGGUACCUAUUUGUGCAGAAGUGUCUGUACAACCUUUUCAGACUAACGCCCACUUUCGACGACGCCAGGGUUGACGUUAUCGAGCUGGUGCUGCCAGGCAUGCAGGCUCACCCGCAGGCGUUCGCCGUGCAGAUGGCGGCCACCGCCUGCCUCUACAACCUGACCAAGGGUGAGCUGGCCGGCAAGAUCCAUCCGCGCAUCCUGGCGCGCAUCGUCGACCUCUCACUCGUCGCCAUGGAGACCUUCCCCGAGCACUACCAGCUGCAGAAGAACACACUGCUCACGCUGUGUAGCGAUCGCAUUCUCCAGGAUGUGCCCAUCGACAAGUAUCGUUGUGCACGAUUAGUGCUUAACUCGUUGUGCGCAUUCGACGACGCAUCCAUGAACCGCAUGAGCGUCGCCAUUUGCAGUAUACUGGCUGCGAAAAUUUCGACAAGCGAGACAUCUCAACUGGGCGCCCAGCCUCAGUACAUGCGCAAACUGCUGGAACUGGUGCGAGGCAAGAUGGAGACCAACACCGUCGACAUCACCAUGAAGUUCACCCUCAGUGCGCUCUGGAAUCUAACAGAUGAGUCACCGACCACGUGCAACGUGUUCCUGGGAGAGGGGGGCCUGGACCUGUUCCUGCAGGUGUUGCAGCGGUUCCCCGGGGAGGCUACCGUUGAGACAAAGGUGUUGGGCCUUGUCAACAACAUCGCCGAGGUCCCCGCGCUACGCCACUGUCUGCUGCAACCCAAGUUUGUCGCCCUCCUCAGGAAACUGGUGCACUCUGCGCAGAUAGACGUGAGCUACUUUGCGGCGGGCAUCAUGGCGCACCUGGCGAGCGAGGGCGCGAGCGCCUGGGCUGAAGGUGGCCUGGGCGCGCCGCGCGCCGAAGUGUUGCGCGAACUGGGCGCGGUUGUGGCGCGCUGGCAGGCGCCCGACGUCGAAAUGGUCGCCUAUCGCAGUUUUCAGCCGUUCAUGUCGCUGCUUAGAUGCCAGGAUGCGCCUCAGGUCCAGUUGUGGGCCGUCUGGGCCAUUCGCCAUGUCUGCUCCAAGAAUGCACAAAGAUACUGUCCGAUGCUAGAGAGUGGGGAAGGCAGUCGUAUACUAAUGUCAAUGUACCUCGAUCCAGAUUUGGAUCCCAGCGUGAAAGCAGUUUGUGAAAAUAUCAUCCAUCUUCUUAGAGCAAACGAUAGCAGUUUCUGCGACGCACUAAAAGAAAAAGAACAACAAAAGAUGGAGUCAGAGAGUAGCUGACAAAGUGACUGUGAACAUUUCGUCUAGAAACAAUCUAGAGAAAUAAUCUUGAAUCGGCUGCUCUGCAAUUUUACCUCUAAACUUUUCUCCUUCUCCUUGACCUAGAUGCGAUACCUGUUAGAAUGCCUAGAUAAUAAGUAUAUAUAUACCUUUGUUAGCACUGUCCCCUGUCCCUCGCCAUCCAGAUAUUAUCGAAUUCGCCAUUUCCUCCUACCGUCACUUUAUUUCAAGUUUUAUGAUAUUUAUAGUGAGAUUCACUGCACUGCACUGUCAGCAUUGAUUGAAUGGGAAGCAUUGAGCAUUUCUAUAAGGAAUGCUAACAGUUUGAAGUGAAUUUCAUUGUAUAUCAAUGGGCUGAACGUUACGAUGUGAUUAAAUAUUCGAUAAAAUAUGGUGGCGGUAGGAGAAACUUUAUGUAUUAGAAGGUGUUUUCGAUUACUGAACCGUUUCUCAACAUAUACAUUUUAUGUAUAGUACAUCUUGAGGCUGAUUGUCAGCAUAUUCGUUUUCGGAAAGAAAUUUAAUUUUGUCGUUUCCUAGUACAGUAAUUCAUAAUAUUCUUGAAACAAAUU